AUGAGCUUGGUGUUCAUCAAGGUGUCAUAUGCUCGUAGGAAACUCACCAAGGUGUUUUAUAAGAGCCAAAAGCUCACCAAGGUGUCAUAUAAGAGCCAGAAACUCACCAAGGUGUCAUAUAAGAGCCAGAAACUCACCAAGGUGUCAAAUAAGAGCCAGAAGCUCACCAAGGUGUCAUAUAAGAGCCAGGAGCUCAUCAUCUUGUCAUAUAAGAGCCAGAAGCUCACCAAGGUGUCAUAUAAGAGCCAGAAACUCACCAAGGUGUCAUAUAAGAGCCAGAAACUCACCAAGGUGUCAAAUAAGAGCCAGAAGCUCACCAAGGUGUCAUAUAAGAGCCAGGAACUCAUCACCGUGUCAUAUAAGAGCCAGGAGCUCAUCACCGUGUCAUAUAAGAGCCAGGAGCUCAUCACCGUGUCAUAUAAGAGCCAGGAGCUCAUCACCGUGUCAUAUAAGAGCCAGGAGCUCAUCACCGUGUCAUAUAAGAGCCAGGAGCUCAUCACCGUGUCAUAUAAGAGCCAGGAGCUCAUCACCGUGUCAUAUAAGAGCCAGGAGCUCAUCACCGUGUCAUAUAAGAGCCAGGAACUCAUCACCGUGUCAUAUAAGAGCCAGGAGCUCAUCACCGUGUCAUAUAAGAGCCAGGAACUCAUCACCGUGUCAUAUAAGAGCCAGGAGCUCAUCACCGUGUCAUAUAAGAGCCAGGAACUCAUCACCGUGUCAUAUAAGAGCCAGGAGCUCAUCACCGUGUCAUAUAAGAGCCAGGAACUCAUCACCGUGUCAUAUAAGAGUCAGGAGCUCAUCACCGUGUCAUAUAAGAGCCAGGAACUCAUCACCGUGUCAUAUAAGAGCCAGGAACUCAUCACCGUGUCAUAUAAGGGCCAGGAACUCAUCACCGUGUCAUAUAAGAGCCAGGAACUCAUCACCGUGUCAUAUAAGAGCCAGGAACUCAUCAACGUGUCAUAUAAGAGCCAGGAGCUCAUCACCGUGUCAUAUAAGAGCCAGGAGCUCAUCACCGUGUCAUAUAAGAGCCAGGAGCUCAUCACCGUGUCAUAUAAGAGCCAGGAGCUCAUCACCGUGUCAUAUAAGAGCCAGGAGCUCAUCACCGUGUCAUAUAAGAGCCAGGAGCUCAUCACCGUGUCAUAUAAGAGCCAGGAACUCAUCACCGUGUCAUAUAAGAGCCAGGAGCUCAUCACCGUGUCAUAUAAGAGCCAGGAACUCAUCACCGUGUCAUAUAAGAGCCAGGAGCUCAUCACCGUGUCAUAUAAGAGCCAGGAACUCAUCACCGUGUCAUAUAAGAGCCAGGAGCUCAUCACCGUGUCAUAUAAGAGCCAGGAACUCAUCACCGUGUCAUAUAAGAGCCAGGAGCUCAUCACCGUGUCAUAUAAGAGCCAGGAGCUCAUCACCGUGUCAUAUAAGAGCCAGGAGCUCAUCACCGUGUCAUAUAAGAGCCAGGAACUCAUCACCGUGUCAUAUAAGAGCCAGGAGCUCAUCACCGUGUCAUAUAAGAGCCAGGAACUCAUCACCGUGUCAUAUAAGAGCCAGGAGCUCAUCAACGUGUCAUAUAAGAGGAGAGUGUUCGAAAACUUUGCUGCCUCUCAAAACUGUCGUUUCAUCCCCCCUGGAGACUAA